AGGCAAACAGAGAAAGUGAAGGAGAAAGAGUGAAGGAGGGAUAGGCAGGAGGAAGAAAGAGAGAGACGUGAGGAAGCCAAGGAGAGCUACUGGAUGCAUAACAUUCUCUCAUCUUCUUCUCUGACAGUGCAGAGAAAGUUAUGGCCGAAAACAACACCAAUCUCUUUCUGGAAAUACUUCAGUCAUUUGAUGUUGGUGAGUUUUUUCAACUCUCUCUCUCUCUCUCUCUCUCUCUCUCACCUCUCUCUCUUUCUCAGCUGCUCCUCUGCUCCUCUGUUGUGGUUUCUCUGUCGGCACUUCUCUGUUUUCACUGGAAUGUAUAGGUUUAAUGAGGAUGAGAGUACUUGAGUUGAAUAUUUUGUCAGGAAAAUAAAUAAUGCAUUCAAAACUGCAUCUAUCAGACCUUACAGACUAGUAUUUAGACGCAAGACAAGGACAGACCCAUAAAAUCAGCAAUAUUGCAAAGCUUCCUCUCUGUUAGUAUUUUUUCCUCCAUCCUCCCAAAUGUCAUUUCCAGAUGACUUCAUGUCUGCUUUUCCCUUUUCCAACAGAGGAAAAUGAAAAACUAUGUAGAGGUAGCAGAGUACAUUUACACUUCGUAAGACCUAACUGUAUCCAAAGGCAAGUGAUUUGUUUUUGCUGGCUGUGGUCCACUGGGAUUUGUCCUCUGUUCCUUUCUCUCUUUUCAGAGAGACACAUAUGGUGACCAUAGCAUCUCAGGGAGCAAGUCAAAGACAACAAAAUGUUGAUCCUUAUUUUGUGGGAAGGAGAUGUAAUCAGUUUUGUGUCUCUGGAGGACUUGGUCUCAUAAACACCAUAGAGGAAAGACUGUGAUUAUUUGGUUGUGGUGUGCCAUUUUGGCAGAGUUCUAUUAGUACAUCAUCAACAGCAUUGUUGAUAUUAGGAUAGUGACUUGUUGUGGGCUUGGCAGUACAUAUCUGGGCUGGGUCCAGAUUGAAAACCGUUCCCUCCACAGACUAUAAACCACAACACUUUUACUAUGAGAGCUUCAGAGUUGUAGUUUUUAGUGUGACAACAUAUUUAUUUUUUUACGAGCAUGAAGGUGUCUAUUGAAUGUCUAAUGAUGAUGCUAGAUAAUAGUGAGUUUUCAACAGGUCUUUUGAAUAUAAACCUCUUCUGUGUCCAAAAACUCUUACUCUAUGUCUCCCUCAAACCAAGAUAUAACAAGUGGCCCCUUCCCUCUCUCUCCUUCCCAGUCUCCCUGAUCAUAGCUUUCUGUGUGUCCAUUGCGGUGGGCAUCCUAUUGGGGGUGCUGGUCUAUGUGGUCCUGACCUGGAUGUCCCGUCGCAGGGCCGGCUCGGGCAGCAUCACCCGCCGGCCACCUCGCCCGUCCCGCAUCUCCCCGCGCGCCCGGCCUGGCUUCAACCGCAACAGCAGCUACGACCGGCGGAGCAACAACAGCCUGGUUAGCGCUGCCUUCAGCUUCCAACGCCAGGCAUCCUCCCCAGACCAGGCUGACCCUUUGGGUCGCAAACCCAGCUUCAGGGCCUCCACCUUUCACCCACUCCUUCAGUGCAGCCAGAUUGCCCGGGAAGCUGAGGAGGGGAGCCAGACCACGUUGCCUCGCACUCCAACCCUGACCACAUCAUCUGUGGCAGCCCACCAAACCGCAGCCCAGGCUGCUGCCACCCCACCCAGGCCCGAGUUGUUCUGGAGCAGUAGUAGUCUGAGGGGGUUCCAUGCCACACAGACCCCACCUCCUGCUUAUGAGAGCAUUAUAAGGGCCUACCAGGAGACCUGCACCUGAGGAGGUGAUGGAUGUGUCCAGGCUGAUAGUGGACUGACUGAGCCCAGGGUUGUCAAUGGGUGUUAGAACAAUUGGAUAUGUUUGACUCGAGGGGAAAAUAAAGAGCCCUAAUGCUAAUAUAUGUGUCUAUGUGUGUUUGCUUGUGUGUGUAUGUGUGUGUGUGUCACCUGUUUAAGACUGUGUGUUUGUGAGC